CCAUCUGCAGCUCGCCCGACUGCGGAAUAACGGAUUUCAUUGAGUAGUACUUUUCGGUGCGUGGUUAAAGGAUGAGGACAUCUCUGCUGGACGUCAACCCCAGGUUGAAAGCCAUCGGAGAGUCGCCAUGCAAUGCGCUGAGGGCACGCGCACUACAUAUCACCCAAGAGCUCGCACAGGGGGUCCCGAAGACCUUCUCCCGUGUGGUCGACUUGUGCUCAUUUGAUCCACAGCGGGAAGGGGUCCCACCCAUUACUUUCCUGCAACAGGUACUGGCAGUGUGUCUCUACCCUGAGCUCCUCAGUGAUGAGAACUUUGCGCUAGAUGUUCGCCAGAGAGCUCGGAGGCUCAUACAGAGCUGUGAAGGAUCCAGCGUGGGUUGCUACACUCCUUCAUCGGGCCUAGUUUACAUCCAGCACAGAAUCGCAGAGUUCAUCACUAGAAGAGACGCCGGUGUGCCCACAGACGCCCACAGCAUCUUCAUCUGCUCGGGGUUUUGGAGAACUCUGACGAUGAUGACGAAGUUGCUCAGUAGUUCGGAGGGGGAGCCCCAGAACGGGGUGUUGGUCCCCCUGCCUUACCCCCACACCCUGGCCAUGGUGUUGGGCUUGGCUGGGAUCAGAUCCGUGCCCUACCGCCUACGAGAAGACACCGGCUGGGCUAUGGAUCUGGAAGAGCUGCAACGCGCCAUUCGCACCGCUAGGGGGUGCUGCAGGCCAAUGGCAAUAUUCAUCAGUAACCCAGGAAACCCCACAGGCCAUGUACAGAACAGAAAGUCUAUCGAAGAAGUGAUCAAAUUUGCUGCAGCUGAGAAACUCUUCCUAUUGGUUAAUGAGGUGGAUCAGCACAGCGUGCACGGAUCAGGGAUCCAGUGGGUUUCCUAUAAGAAGGUUCUGUUUGAUAUGGGGCCGAAGUACUGGGACAGUGUGCAGAUGGCAUCCUUCCACUCCUUAUCCAAUGGCCUCAUGGGAGAAUGUGGCCUGAGGGCUGGAUACAUGGAGCUGGUGAACGUGGACAAGGAAGUGAUGAUCUUUGCUGAGACUUUAGUGAAUAUGGACAUCAGCAGCCCAGUCCCAGGCCAGCUUGCUCUGGACAUCCUGCUCAACCCACCCCAGCCCUCUGAGCCAUCCUACGACUUGUACACUCAGGAAAUACUGACCAAUUUGGCGACUCUGACUGAAAACGCUCUUCGAGCUCACGACUUCCUGAACUCCCUCCCAGGGAUGUCCUGCCAGCCAGCCGUAGGAGGGUUCUAUGUUUACCCCCGUGUAGACCUACCUGCCGAGGUGCUGAAGCGGGCAAAGGCUGCAGCUGUGGAGGCAGAUGUUUUGUACUGUCAGGAACUCCUGGAGGAGCAGGGAGUGUGUGUUGGAGCGGGGAGUGAGAACGGAAACACGGGCGGGGAAUACCACCUCAGGCUGUGUGUGGGGGUCUCUUCGGUCGUGCUGGAGGAGGCCUUAGUACGACUCGGUGCUUUCCACCUGCGCUUCUUGGACUCAUACAGUUGUGGACCACACCUGGAAACUCCUUGAAACACCUGGAAAUCCCUGAACUGAAAGCACUAAACCCAUGGGAGGUUCAUUGUCUAUCACGUCGGAAUGAUGAUACAAAUAAAUAAAUAAAUUCCUCUAUUC